UUAUAAGGGUCAGAAUUUAUAUAGUAGACUGAAGUGGGUCAGAUUAGAAAAACAAAAAAGAAAAAAAAAUGGAGAAAAUGAACCAGGCUUUGGAGAAGAUGAAAAUGCUGGUGGGAAUGGAUGUGGAAGAUGAAGAAGCAGCUCCUCAGCAGGAAUCUUUCAUGGAUGAUUUUAAUCGCAACUGCACUUUAUCUACCAAACAGAGGCUUUAUGGUUUUGCUAUAUGCUUAUCAACUGGUAUCGCUUGUACUCUCUUGUCAAUGCUGGUUUUCUUCAACCCGAUCAAGUUUGGAAUAACAUUUUCCUUUGGUAAUUUGCUUGCACUUGGAAGCACAGCAUUUCUUAUAGGGCCUAAACGACAAGUGACAAUGAUGCUUGACCCAGUUCGCUUAUAUGCAACUGCUAUUUAUCUAGCAAGCAUUAUCAUUGCUCUGUUUUCUGCUCUAUAUGUGCGGAACAAGCUACUUACACUCUUGGCAAUUGUAUUGGAGUUUGGUGCACUUAUUUGGUAUAGCUUGAGCUAUGUACCUUUUGCAAGGUCCAUGGUCUCCAAAGUGAUGAUGGCUUGCUUUGACACAGAAUUCUAGGGUUCAAUAGCUUGAGGAAAGGAUUAUAAUAGCAAAUAUGUACAGUAUGCAUUUAGCAAGUUCGCACCUCCACGUGUUCUAAUCCAUAGAAUGGGUUAGGUGAGUGCACCUCGGUCAAAUGGAGAUACUUGGAGUGAAAUGAACUGUUCGUUGAUGAACUAACUUCUGAUCCUUUCUAACACCUAAGUUUUUCUUCCUUAAGUAAAUGGAGAUUAUUGAGUUCAUGCCAAUCUAAACGACAACAAAAUUGUGUGCCGUUAUGGCUUGCUGAUUUUUUUUUGUUAAGCUAAUAUACCUAGCUUAGUGGUUUUUUUUAUUAGUAAUGUCUUACAAUGUGAAAGAAGUAAGAACUUGCUAGAAUGAUAAAAACUAAUAUCAACUUAGAGGCAAGUCGUCUUAAGUUGAUAUUGCAAAAUGUAUGAAAUACAAAGUGAGACAUUGAUCCUUGCUUCAACUUCUUCAA